AUGGAGUUUGCCAGAGGUGGUUUGCUGGAGUCUGUGAAGGACUCUUUGGGAACGAAGGCGGUUGCAGCCAAAACCAAGACGUCAGUGUCGUUGGAGAGAAAGACGCGGCAUCUACCAGUAGCUGUGCCGCUGAUCCCAUUCGGAGAUCAACAGUGGCUGCCAACUUGGCUGGAACUGAGAAAGAAAAUUUUUGGAAAUCUGGCCAACAGCAAGGAUGAUUUCAUUCCUCUCCUUCCUGCUCCUGCUGCAAAUGGGUCCUGGUCCAAGAUGCCCUUAUCUGUGACCUCAGGCGCCAAUUGGUUGAGGAGUUUGCUCCAUGACACUUUGGAUCCUCGUGGAACGCCCGUGGGCACACACAGUUUGAAAGCAAGCUUGCUUUCCAUGGCGGCGAAGUACGGGUUGCCUCACUCUCAGCGCAAGUUGCUGGGAUACCAUGCUGGCAGCAAAGAGCAGAGCAUGCUGUGCUACUCCAGGGAUAGCAUGGCAGAACCCCUUCGUCAAAUGUGUGAGAUGAUACGGGCUGUGAAGAACAAAGCUUUCUUACCAGACUGUUCACGUUCAGGCCGUUUUCCUUUGAAAGAACUUGGUGAUGAGGUCAUCGAAGGGGACGAAUUGAGUGAUUCAUCUUCCUCCGGUUCGGAGAAUGAGGAGGAGACCCAUCACGAAAGUGAGGAGAGUGCUUGUGAGAAGCUCUUGGGCCAAUGGCAGCCCGCCACUGUCAAGCCGAUGGAAGAAAAGGUCUUUGUGAGGCACCGCAUUUCCAGGUGCAUCCAUGCAUUGGCUGAUGAGACAGAUCGCGGUGAAGGGAAAAGGCAGGAGGUGUUCCUGCGUGAGAUGUUGAAAGUGGCACUGCAAGUUGCGGUGUCAAGGCUUGAGGAACCACCGGCUAAUUACGUGAAAACUUCAAUGAAACAGCUUGAAUCUGCAGAUCGAAAAUUGUUUCUCCUGAUCAGCGAGAAGACCCGAGAAGGCAUCAAGUGCAAUGCUCAAGGCCGUCCCAUUGACGCCGUCUUCAAGCAGUGCAUGGAGAGCUCAGAGGUGUUGUCAUUGCUGCAACCGAGACCUGGAGGAGGUCAAAGCCGUGAACGGAGCGAAGUUUUUGCUGGCUUAAUGGAUUCUUUACAGGUCCGGAAAAAGCUCACAUCAUUUCUCUGCAGUCACCGUGAAUUUGCCGCCUUAGAGUUGUAUUGCGAUGGUCAACAUGAACACCUUCCAUGGGGCAUUGCAGAUGAUGGAGCUUUUAGCACUUCGCAUGAAGCCGAGUAUCCCAAAGCUUUAUGUGUCAGAUAUGCCGAAAUUUUUCAUGAACUGUGCCGUGCCCGCGGCAUUGUGCCAGUACAGCAGGCAAGCGACGAAGUGCAAAAGCUGGCGCCCAAUCAACAGCCCAAAGGUCGCAAGCUGCCGCAGUUGAUACCCGAGUUUUCUUUUACAAAAACAAUGCAAGUGGACAAGCUGCCCCAGGUUGACCACAAAGGUUGCUUACUUCAUCACAUGCAAGGAGUUCCUGCCGGCAGCAAACUGUUGAGAACUGAAGCGAAAAGGGGAUCAACUCUUUGUGUUUUUGGUGUGUACCGUUCUUUUGCUGAAUUUACACAUGUUGCAAAACUGUUAUGGCAUCCAUAUGAUGAGCUGAAGAACUUGCCCGGAGAUUUAAUACGAGUUCUUUUCCAACACUUGAGUCAAGCACCAGACGUAGUGACACGAAGUCGCAUCAAGAUUUUGUCUGAAUGGGCGAGUCGUGCGAAAGCCCUGAAUGCUUUGGAAGAACAGUUGAAGCUUGACAUGGAUGCCGACGUUGCAAAAAUCAUGGCGCCCAAGCGCAUUCUCCUCAUGCGAUCCAUUGCAAUGGACAUGAGCUGGCCAGACAUGGGGCUCUUUGACGAGUUCACUGAAGGUUUCAAAAUAGUAGGCCCUGUGUCUGAAUCAGGAGUUUUCAAGCCUGGUGUCACUUUGGCUCAGAUGUUCCCCCAGACAAUGGACCAUACGCUGUGGUCCCUCUUCACCAUUCUGAAAUUUCUUCUUUUCGAUGGGCGGCUUGACUUCACCCUGGAAUCAGGGGAACGCUUGACUGGAGAAGUGCGCCAUGCAUGGAAAGGUGUGGAGCCGAACUUCAAGGCAUCUUGCAUUGACUUAAAGUCUGCGUACAAACAAUUCCCUUUGCAUGAGGAAAAUCACAAGGACGCAGUGGUGACACUGUGGAACCCUCCCAAGAGGAGGGUAGACUGCUUCAUCAUGAAGGUGCUGCCGUUUGGAGCCACAGCCAGUGUACAUCAUUUUCUUAGAGUCAGCGCUUUCCUGCAGGCAAUUGGAAGAUUCAUGGGUGUGAUUUGGUCGGCAUUUUUCGACGACUUUGUCGUGCUCAGCCAUGCAAUGCACGAGGCCAGCACCAUGACAUCGGCCUUGACUCUUCUUGACUUGUUGGGUUUUCAGUGUAGCAAGGACAAGCUGCAGCCCUUCAGUGACAAAACAGAGAUGCUGGGAGUGGAGCUCAAUUUGGUUGAUGGGAAGAACGGCAUUGUCGAAGUCAGGAACAAGGCUUCACGAGCGAAUGAGCUGUGCGAUGUUUUGGAUCGAAUCCUGCAGUCUAAGAAAGUGGUAGUCAAGGAACUUCCAUCAACCUUGGGCAAGCUUCAAUUUGCGGAAGGUCAACUAUGGGGAAGAACUGGACGGCUGGCGUUGUCCGAACUAAGGAGGCAUGAGAAGUCGGGGUGCGCUGAAGCAUUGCUGGAUCAGCGUAGCAUCGACGCUGCACACAUGUUGUUUGAGAAGAUGAAAAACGGAAAGCCUCGGACAAUUCGCAUCACUCCGAGAUCAAAACCUUUCUUGCUUUUCACUGAUGGGGCGUUGGAAUACGAAUCUUCUGGAAAACCAACAGCUGGCAUAGGUGUCAAGCUGAAAUCCUACGUGGCAUGUAGCUGA